AUUGGCCCUGGGAGGGUUGGUGAGAAAAUCACAAUGUUCUUUCUUUGACACAUGCCUUUAAUCCCAUAACUCAAGGCAAUCAGAUCUCUUUUUAAGUUUGAGGCAGCCUGGUCUACAGAGCGAGAGCCAGAGCUACACAGAGUGGGAGGGGAUGUUAAACAAAUAAAUAAGAAAAGGAAAAAAAAAAAAAAACAGGGCCAGCAAGGUGGCUCAGUGAGUAAAGGUGCUCCCUGUGCAAAACUGAUCAUCAGAGUUUCAUCCUCAGAACUUUUGUCAGGCUGGGCAGAGGUGGCGCUCGCCUCUAAUCCCAGCACUCAGGAGGCAGAGGCAGGUGGAUCUACAGAGAGUUCUAGGACAGCCAGGGCUACGCGAGAAACCCUGUCUCAAAAACAAAGAGCCCUUGUUGGAAGGAGAAAGCCAACUUCCUGAAAGUUGUCCCCUGAACAUCACACCCAUGCUGUGUCGUACAUGCACCCACAUAUAUCAUGCAUAAUAGAUACAUACAUACAUACAUACAUACAUAUAUAUUAGUUUGUGUUUGCUCUAUAACUCAGGUUGCCCAUAAUUUGCAACCUUCCUGCCUUAGCCUCUCUUAUUAAGCCUCCUGUGAUUAUAGGUACUCUUGGUAAUUUGUUUUUUGUUUUAUUGGGGGGGUUGUUUUUUUCAAUGCUGGGAAUUGCACCUAGGGGCUCAUGUAUACAAGCUAAGUGUUAUGCUACCGAGCUAUAUCCACAGUUUUCCAAAACGUUCUUGGAUGACAUACUAUAAAGUUCAGAAUUCCUCUAAUGGGAAAGGUUCCCUUUUUUUUCUUACAUUAAGCUUCAGAAAGGUGGGGACCAUUUCUUAUUCUCUUGAGUCUCUAGAAUUCAGCACACUAUCUAAAACUUUUGUCCAAGGACACUGGUAAUACCGGUUUAAUCUGAGAUUGGGGUAUUAAACUAAUGCAUAACAAUGCUCCUUCCGUGUCUUGGUUUGUUUGCCAUGUUCCUUUGGGGAGGUGAGGGGAUUAAGACAGGAUCUCUCAAUCUAGUCUGUGUUGACCUUAAACUCCUAAUUCCCCUGCCUCCAUCUCCCAGAUUAUGGGAUUAUAGGCCUGUGCCACCACACCUGGCCCAUUUGCUUCAUUCUUUGUAUCUCAUUCUGGAUAAUUGAUCCAUCCAUUUCUAAGAUUUUAGCCAAUUUUGUUUGACCGGUAUGUUACAGCGCCAUCUACUGACACAAAUUGGUAAUUUUAAGGCUUUGGGCACUCUUUUCAUCAAAGAUGUUCUGAACAUUUUAUAGUAUGCCACCCAAGAAUGUUUUGAAAGCAGUCGGGAGGCAGAGGCAGGCAGAUCUCUGAAUUCAAGGCCAGAACGAGUUCCAGGACAGCCAGGGCUACACAGAGAAACCCUGUCGGGGCAAGCGGGGAGAGAGGAUAAUUAAAAAACUAAUACAUCAGAAUUGAAUGGAUUAAAGGCAAGAGAUUUACAAGGAACUAAAAUUUUUAUACUAGAAAAAAUAUAUAUAUUUCAUGGGCUUCCUGAGUUAGGGUAUUGUGUAGACAAGGGUAACCUUGAACUCCUUGUGCUCCUACUAGGAUCAGCCAUUGCGCACCACCAUGCCCAGUUGUUAGGGUCAAAUGCAGGGCUCCAUUCAGGGGAGACCAGCUCUCCACCAGCUGACCUGUAUCCCCAGCCACACUGGGGAUUUUCAUCAAACAAAACCAACUUCAACUUCCCAACAUGAAAGAACAAGUUGUUUCACCCAUACAUAAUUCUGUGAGUGAGGGAGUGCGAGCGUGUGUGUGUGUGUGUGUGUGUGUGUGUGUUUUGUAGCAUGUUUUAGACUUUUAGGGUUUGUUGUUGUUUUUAAUUAUUUCUUUCAUGUGCAUUGGUGUUUUGCCGGCAUUUGUGUGUGAGGGUGUCCGAUCCUCUUGAACUGGAGUUACAGACAAUUGUGAACUGCCGUGUGGGUGCUGGGAAUUGAUCCCGGGUCCUCUAGAAGAGCAGCCAGUGCUCUCAACUGCUGAGCCAUCUCUCCAUCCCGAAGCAUGUUUUAGAAAAGAAUAAACUCAGGACCUACAAGCAGCGUCACCCUCUACACCGGAAAGCUGGCGGGGACUAUGGGAAAAAAACAGAACAAGAAGAAAGUGGAAGAGGUGCUAGAAGAAGAGGAAGAGGAAUAUGUGGUGGAAAAGGUUCUUGAUCGGCGAGUUGUCAAGGGCAAAGUGGAAUAUCUUCUGAAGUGGAAGGGCUUCUCAGAUGAGGACAACACUUGGGAACCAGAAGAGAACCUGGAUUGCCCUGACCUCAUCGCUGAGUUUCUGCAGUCACAGAAAACAGCUCAUGAGACAGAUAAGUCAGAAGGAGGCAAACGCAAAGCUGAUUCUGAUUCUGAUGAUAAGGGAGAAGAAAGCAAACCAAAGAAGAAGAAAGAAGAGUCAGAAAAGCCACGAGGCUUUGCCCGGGGUUUGGAACCUGAGCGGAUUAUUGGAGCUACUGACUCCAGUGGAGAACUCAUGUUCCUGAUGAAAUGGAAAAACUCUGAUGAGGCUGACCUGGUCCCUGCCAAGGAAGCCAAUGUCAAGUGCCCGCAGGUUGUCAUAUCCUUCUAUGAGGAAAGGCUAACGUGGCAUUCCUACCCCUCAGAGGAUGAUGACAAAAAAGACGACAAGAAUUAGCCCUCUUGAGUACCGGCCCCUGUCACCUCUGACUGUGGGUUUCAGAUGGGGAGGGAAGGAGUUCUACUUUCUUGACACCAUAGAGGUGGCUUGAGAAGAUGUCCUUUGAAGAGCCAGCAUAGUUUCUGUGCCCUGCAGCAGCCCAAGUGCUUUAAAUCGUUUUAAGCUGUAUAAUUUGCACACCCAUCCCAGUGGAGGGGAAAGGGGUAAGUGUUUCAAGGCAACCCGUUCUGCGCUUUGCUAAGAAAGCAGAGGGCCUUCCAUGAAGGACAAAACCUGCAGAACUGGGGUGUGGGAGAGCAAAGAUACUGUCGAUCUUCAAAGAGCAUCUCCACAACCCACAGCCUUCCCAAUAGUGUUAACUGCAUUUUUACAGCCUAGCAUGUGUGUAGUUUUUGGCUAUUACUGGUAUAUUCAUUGGGGGUGGGAGGGUUGGGGCAGGGAGGAAGGGAGAUGGGUGGAAUCAUUUUGGUUAAAAUUUGGGGUCUGAUUGGGGAUAUGGUGAAACAGUAGAAUGAACAGCUAACUAAUCAAUUGGUUCUAUGUCAAUAUUUUGCCUUUUCAAAAAAUUACAUUGGCACCAUUAAUGAGGAUUGAGAGACUGUUAAAACUCUGUGAAUGCUGAAAUCUGCAGCUAAGGUGCCCCCCUGCCUGAGCUCAUUGUGGCCCACAAAGGACAAAGCCAGUUCCCGAGUUACCAAAGCUACCCUUUGAAGAUGGAAACUGACUGCAGAGGGAAAGUUUUAUUGGAGAGUAUAUACAGGCAGACCAUUCUGCCUUCAGAGGUGCUAAUUCCUGAAAUUGAGAAAAAGACCUUUUUCCAAUUAUGAAAUUAUAAAUAUCAGUUUGUCCAUCCAAGCCACUGGCUCAAGUACUGCAGGAGGGCCUGUAUGGGAGAUGGGAGCGGAGGGCCUGUGCUCUUAGGGUGGAAACUCUUAGGGCCUGUUUUUGUUUUGUUUUUCUCUUUUUUUUUUUUCCCAGCUUUGAACCCUGAAACUGCUUGUGGCAGGUUCAGUUACUGACAGCACAAAUCCCAUUGAGUCAAUUCAAGGGUUGAGUGACUUCACAAGCCCUGGUCUCAGGAGAUUCACUUUCAUAUUGGGGUAGUGGUUCAUUGAGAAUACAAACCUUCAGAUUAACUAUGUCCAAAAUACUGUCUUGAAUCAUGAGAUCCAUCAAUUUUUAGUAUUGUCUAGACCUGCAUCUAGAACUGCAUUGUAAAAUCUUUAAAGCAUGUGUUAGAUGUAUGUGUGAAAAUUUUGUUUAAAUGUAAACUUCAUACCAUACUGUCAGUUUUUGUCUUAAUAAAACUAUAGAUUUAUAAUUCUUGA